AGCGGAGGCAGCUGUGCUAUGAAUUGGUGUUUAUGGACUGUCUACCUCGGCCUGGUCUGCAGCAGUUUCGCUGAGGCAGGUAACGGUGAGGCAGAGCCCCGCGCUGUGGUAGGCCGGACAGGUGAGAGCGUCGUCUUGGCCUGCGAUCUCCUCAAGCCGCACGAGGCAAGCCCCCCCCUCUAUGUCAUCGAGUGGGUGCGCUUUGGCUUCCUCCUCCCCAUUUUCAUCAAGUUUGGCCUCUAUUCCCCGCGCGUGGAUCCCGAGUACGUUGGUCGGGUGCGAAUCUACCAGGGCGCCUCUCUCCGGAUCGACCGCCUGCGUGCCGAGGACCAAGGCUGGUACGAGUGCCGGGUGCUCUUUCUGGACCGGCCCAGCAGCGACGACGAAUUCCAGAACGGCACCUGGAUCCACCUCACCGUCAGUUCUCCCCCCACCUUCCAGGAGACCCCGCCAGCUUUCGUAGAAGUGCAAGACAGAGAGCCCCUCUCUCUCACCUGCUCCGCUGCCGGCAACCCCCGGCCCGUCGUCACUUGGAAGAGGGACAACCAAGCCAUAGGAGGUGGAGGCCGAGUGCAGGUGAAGAAUGGGACUCUCAUCAUUGCCAGCGUGGAGCGGGCCAGCGCUGGGGCCUACACGUGCCAUGCCACCAGUGAGGAGGGCGCCAUCACCCACACCACCCGCCUGCUGGUACAAGGGCCGCCGGUAAUUGUGGUCCCCCCUCAGAACGUCACCAUCAACCUCACACAAGAUGCCUUCCUGGCCUGCCAGGCCGAGGCCUACCCCGCCAACCUCACUUACAGUUGGUUCCUGGGGAGUACAAAUGUUUUUCACCUCAGCCACCUCCAAUCCCGGAUUCGGGUCUUGGUAGACGGGAGCCUCUUGGUUCAGAAAACGACCCCCGAGGAUUCAGGACAAUAUACUUGCAUUCCCAGCAACGGGCUAAAGAGACCACCUUCUGCCUCAGCUUUCCUUACGGUUCUAUAUCCGGCCCGGGUCAGCAACAUGCCCCCGGAGACCCUCCUACCGAUUGGGAUGCGGGGCACCAUCCGUUGCCCCAACAAGGCCAACCCUCCUCUGCUCUUCGUCAGCUGGACCAAAGACGGGCAGCCCCUGGACAUCGGCAAGUUCCCAGGCUGGUCCACGAGGCCCGACGGCGCCAUCGUCAUUGCCACGGGAAACGACGACGCCCUUGGGGUGUACACCUGCACACCAUACAACAGCUACGGCACUGCCGGCCCUUCGGCACCCACUCGAGUCCUCCUGAAGGAUCCUCCCGUGUUCACCCAGCACCCCAAAGAAGAGUAUUUCCAGGAGGUGGGCCGCGAGUUGCUCGUUCCUUGCGCUGCCCGCGGGGACCCCCAGCCCGUCAUCUCUUGGACAAAGCUCCAGAUGGGCAGUAAAGGACUCGCCAAUGCACAGGUGGAUCGGAACAACACCCUGAUCUUGCGCCCGCUGACCAAGGAGCAGCAUGGCUUCUGGGAGUGUGCCGCCAACAAUGGCGUGGCCCGUGUCAGCGCUGCAACCGCCGUCUACGUAUUGGGCACCAGCCCCCAUGGGGUGGCCAACGUCUCCGUGCUUCCGCUCCAGCAGGCCGUCAACGUCACCUGGGAGCCCGGCUUCGAUGGGGGCUACUUCCAGAGGUUCAGCAUCUGGUACACACCGCUGUUGAAACGCCUCAACCGCCCUCACCAUGACUGGGUCUCGCUGCCGGUGCCUGCCGGAGCCUCCCACCUCCUGGUGGAGAACCUCCAGGCUGACACCGGCUACCAGUUCAGCGUUCUGGCCCAGAAUAAACUGGGCAGCGGUCCCUUCAGUGAGAUCAUCGCCGCUGUUCCCCUAGGUUUCUCAACAAACACUGUGCCCCCCAACCUCCCGACCACCACCCUGAGAAUCUUCCUUUCCCCACCCCAAUCCCUGAUGGCAAACGAGACCACGCGGGGCGUCCUGCUGCUUUGGGAGCCCCCGUCGCAGAACUCUGUGGCCCUGACUGGCUACUCCCUGGAACUACGGCAAAACCAGGGAGGGUGGGAGAUACUCGACGGAUCCAUUCCCAGCUCUCAGAGGCAGCUUCUGGUGCCCGGACUGAUCAAGGAUGCCUUCUAUGAGUUCCGCUUAGUGGCCUUUGCUGGAAGCUACAUGAGCGAUCCGAGCAACACAGUCAAUAUUUCCACAGCAGGCAUGGAGGUGUACCCCUCCCGCACCCAGCUGCACGACCUCCUCCCUCAGCCCGUCCUGGCUGGCGUCAUCGGCGGCGUCUGCUUCCUCAGCACGGCCGUCAUCUUCAGCACCAUGGCGGCCUGCAUCAUGAACCGCCGGCGAGCAGCCCGUCUCCGCAAACGCAGGCAGGAUACACCAAUCGUCUUCUCCCCCAACAAGAAGCUUCUGCCUUCACAAAAUUCUACAGGCACUGCUAGUCCAGACAGCGUUGUGAAGCUGAAGUUCCAGGCCUCCCCGUAUCAGAGCCUUCGCCGCACCCUGUUGUGGGGGGAGAAGGCCAGCACUGGCCUAGGGCUCAACAUCGCCGGCGGCAGCGCAAGGUCCACUUCCAAAUACACCCUGUAUGAGAGCCACAUCGGGGAGCCGCUGCCCCUGGAGCGCAUCUGCCGUGGCCCCGACGGACGCUUUGUGGUGCACAGUGAGGUGCGGUCCCGGGAGCACCUGGCGGCCAUGAUAGAACGCUGUUCCCUGUCCCUCGCCUCCUCGGAGAGCAGCGUGAGCCAGCCAGAGCCUUACCUGCAGGUCUACUCUUCCCCCGGGCCCGAGGAACCCGUCUGGCAAAAGAGCGUCAACCUGAGGCCGAAAAACUCCAGCCAGGCCUGGCACGAAGCCAAGGCCUCCGGCUACCGCCAGGGCCGCUACUUCGACUACAGCAGCAGCAGCCCGACGGAGGAAGCCAAGCCCUUGUGCAUCGCGAACAUCAGCCCGGUGGCCACCAUGCCGUACAGGGCCGCCGAGCAGCAGAUGCUGGCCGGCCGGGGCUUCGAGGGGCAGCUGGACACCCCCGCCGUUGAUGCUUCCUCUUCCUCCUCCCUGGGAAGCCCUUCGUUGCCAACAUACCAUAGGCCUCAGGGCAGCCAAGGGAAAGCAAAUACCUCAGCUCAGAGCGGAAUCCUCCAGUACUUGAGUCUCCCCUUUUUCAAGGAGAUGAACGUGGACGGGGACUGGCCCCCAGAGGAGGGGGAAGGGGCGCAGCUUUCCACAUCAGCCCUCUCUGAGGCCGCAACUCCGGGCAGCACCGAACUCACUCUGCUAGGAGACGGGGACAAAACCGCUUGUCCGGCUUACAUGGACAUGCAAGCCCUAUCGGAUUCCCCUCAGGAACGAGCUUCGGCAAAGAGUCUCCUCCAGCUUCCUGACGCUGAUGCGGGCCCGGCGAAGGCCGCCUUGCCGGGCACCUCUGUCUGCCCGAGUUACCUCAGCUCCGUUGUGGAAAUGCCUCCGGAGUCGGGGCGGUGGUCGCGGUCACUCUCGCCCCCCCGGUCCCUCGCGGACAAUAGCCAGGCCGAGCUGGCGUACACGGCUCUCCCUCCAGAACAGGACUGGCUGCACAUGCCGGAGCUGCCCCCAGAGACUGUGCCCCCCGAGAGACACAAAUUACCCACAGCCGUUCCCCCAAUGGGCCUCCCCGUCGAGAAGCCGCCGAGGGGCAGCCUUACCAGCCAGAGCAGUGGCCGAGGCAGCGUGUCCUUCCUGAGGCCUCCCUCACUGGCACCAUCCUUGGGGGGCAGCUAUCUCAGUUCCCCAUUCGGGGAAGUGGCCAGUUGGCAAGGCAGCUCCACAGGAGAGGACUGCAGGCCCAAACCGUCUGUCGCUGCCGUCAGUAAAAGGAGGAACACCUCCGUGGACGAGAACUACGAGUGGGACUCAGAGUUUGCCCUGGAGUCGGACUUGCUGGACGCUCUGCAGCUGUACCGCAGCGGGAAUCCCAAAAGACCCGUCUCCACCAUUGCUGCCCACGAACUGGAGAAGCAGGGUUCUAAGUCCUCCAGCGAGAGCGGCAGCUCACCGUCCAACUCCCAGUCCGUGGGUGCCUUGGACGGGUCGAGCUCCCCCGCGCCCAGCCCUGAGGAACGCUGCGCCGCCCUGCGCGAGGAAUUCCUAGCCUACCGGCGCCGCCGGGAGGCCACCCAGCAACGCCGGCAGAAGCUGGGCUCCGGCCGGAAGCGUGGCGAUGAGCGAUUCGAACAGGCUACUUUGCUGUGA